GGUGAAGCUGUGGUUAUGAAUCCUUCCUUUCGUGUACGGAUCCCAGGAAAAGGGAAGGGCGCUUCCGGAGAGAAGACCAGCUACAGCUACGGAUUCCGUAAGCGCGGGGUAGGAGCCUGGCCUCGGAAGCGAGAGCUCCACCCCCUUUGGUCUCGACGCUCUGCACGCAGAAGGGGCGGGGCCUUCGGUGGGCGGGGCACCGCCCGGGAAAGGCACGGACCUUUCGUGCGAGCGGAGCGUGUUGCUACCCGGAGGCUCUGGCGCCGCGGUCCGACCGCCGGCCAGCCCGGCGCCGGAAGUGAGCUGUUCGGGGGCGCCGCCGGGAGCUGCCACGUCCGAGACCGGGAGCUGCCCACCGUCGCAGCCAUGGUAUCGGUCAUUAACACUGUGGACACGUCCCAUGAGGACAUGAUUCACGAUGCCCAGAUGGACUACUACGGCACCCGCCUGGCCACCUGCUCGUCAGACAGGUCUGUCAAGAUCUUCGAUGUGCGAAAUGGAGGACAGAUCCUCAUCGCCGACCUCAGGGGUCACGAGGGUCCUGUGUGGCAAGUGGCCUGGGCCCACCCCAUGUAUGGCAACAUCCUGGCAUCCUGCUCCUAAGACCGGAAAGUCAUUAUCUGGAAAGAGGAGAAUGGCACCUGGGAGAAGACACACGAGCACACAGGACACGACUCCUCAGUAAACUCUGUGUGCUGGGCCCCCCACGACUACGGCCUAAUCCUGGCCUGCGGGAGCUCGGAUGGGGCCAUCUCCCUGCUGACAUACACCGGAGAGGGCCAGUGGGAAGUGAAGAAGAUCAACAACGCUCACACCAUCGGCUGCAAUGCCGUCAGCUGGGCGCCUGCCGUUGUACCUGGAAGCCUCAUAGACCAGCCAUCGGGGCAGAAGCCCAACUACAUCAAGAAGUUUGCGUCGGGCGGCUGCGACAACCUCAUCAAGCUGUGGAAGGAGGAGGAAGACGGCCAGUGGAAGGAGGAGCAGAAGCUGGAAGCGCACAGUGACUGGGUUCGAGACGUGGCCUGGGCCCCCUCCAUCGGCCUGCCCACCAGCACCAUCGCCAGCUGCUCCCAGGAUGGUCGCGUGUUCAUCUGGACCUGUGACGAAGUCUCAAGCAACACGUGGUCACCCAGACUGCUGCACAAGUUCAAUGACGUUGUGUGGCACGUGAGCUGGUCCAUCACGGCCAACAUCCUGGCUGUCUCGGGCGGAGACAAUAAGGUGACCCUGUGGAAGGAGUCUGUCGACGGGCAGUGGGUGUGCAUCAGUGAUGUCAACAAGGGCCAAGGUUCUGUGUCCACUUCCGUCACAGAGGGCCAGCAGAACGAGCAGUGACAAGACCGGCGAGGCCCAGCUCCCCACCUGCUGACUCCAGGACUGGCCUUUCCUGGACCAGCUGACCAAACCGCGGGAGGAAUGGCUCCACCAACAUUCCUUCCCCAGGAGGAGUUACAAAUGCACCAGACAGAUCAUCUGCCUUAACAUGAUUUGAUAUGGUUUGUAAUUUACUGUCCUGCUGAAAGCAUUCACGUUAUGAGGAAAAGCUACCAAUGCUCUUCAAAUCUAUUAUUUUAAAAUAUUUUUGUCCAUUUUUAUGUACCUUUUGGGUGUCAGGCAUUAUUUGGGGGGUUUUGUUUCCAAAAUAGAUAAAUAAAUUCAUAUUGCUUAUAAUUC